AUGUCAUCAAAAGGUAUUGAUCUUGAAUUAUUUGGUAGACUAGCAAAGUUACCAGAGGAUGUCAUCUACAUAAUCCUUGAUUAUAUUCCCAAGUAUAUACAAAAACAGUUGUUGCAGUUCGUGGCUAUCCGAAAAGUGGUAGUUUCGUGUUAUAUUUCAAAUGUGGAAAUUUCUGAUAAUGAUUAUUCACCAUUUGAUUUAGAAGAGUCCCCCUUUGGACCUAAUCCAUUUGAAGAAUUUGCUUUUGGAUCCAGUCCGUUUGACCAAUAUCCUGUGAAGAUUAAACUCAAGAACCUUAAAAAGGCUAUACAGCAAUGGAAGAUUUAUCCCAAAAAGGUUUAUUUUAGCUCAUUGAAGGAUUUAAUUACUGUUCAUAAUAGUUUUCCUGAACUUUUAUUGAAAGCUCAUAGUAUCAAUGGUGUAUUCGAUAAACAUGUUAAUGAUUCUAAAACAGAUGAUUUAUCCGUUCUUACACGUAGAAAUUUGACUUAUGGUAACUUGGAAUUAAGAAAUUAUGGCAUUGAUUUCAGUACUAGUAAAAAAAAGUUACCUAAAAAAAUUUCAUCGCUCACUUUAAUGAAAACUCAUAUAAAUGAAUUUAAUUUUGAAGGGUUGAAGCUGUUACGAGCUGAAAUUAAUUCCGAGUUUAACAAUAUGAGAGAGGUUUUUUUCCCACCAGAUUUGAAGGUGUUGGAACUUAAGAUGUUUGGUAAGAAACGGUUGCACAUUCCCUCUAACUUAGUUUGCUUUAAUAUCACUGGUGAAGACAGCAAAUUGGAUUUGGUUGGUGGUCUCAUGAACAAGUUGGUGUUUUUAUUUAUUUCGUCGCAUACUCUCCGAUCCUUUAAUGAAACUGGUAUAAAUGCACCAAAUUUGACUUCGUUGACAUUGCUUGAAUGCUAUAGUUUCACUAAUUUUGGUAUUGUGAAAACAUUUAAACAUUUAAAGUAUUUGUCUAUGGUAGGUGCUAGAUUCCCAGUUGAAUUGUUUGAUGGAACUAGCUUGCCUAAUCUUCUGAAUUUUCUUUGUAAUGGGGAAGGUGCUCAAUUCCAUGUUAGUGAAUGGGAUGAUAUGAAUGAAAUUACUCACAAAAUCAAUAACCUGACUAUAAAAUUCCCACCAAAAUUGGAAGAUUUGGCGUUGGCAGAUUUGGUGGUUCCGAGAAACGUUGAGUACACUUUUGAAUUACCUUCAUCGUUGAAGAAAUUGCAUUUUGAAAAAGUUCCCCUCAAUUAUUCCGGCUUCCAGUUGACAAAAAAUUUGGAAGAGGUAAGCUUGGAGCUUCCAGAAGUUACUUUUGAUAAAAAUUGGGUGAUUCCAUCUUCUGCUAAAUAUGUUGGUAUUGUUGCAGAACGCAUUAAUUUCAAAAGUUUGGACAUACUCUACCAUUUGCCAGAGGGCCUUGGGGAGCUUCAAAUCAAAGCUACUCGUCGAGGUAAAAUUUUGCCCUUGCAAAAGAAAAUUAAAUGGCCGUCAUCAAUGAAAGGUUUCACUUUAAUACGUUUUGAUAUUGAUUAUAAAACAUUCGAAAUGCUUAACUUUAAAGAAUCCAAAUUAAACCAUAUCAGUCUUUAUAGAGGCAAACUUGGUAAACUAAACGUUGAUGCACUUCCUAUUACAGUCAAGUUUUUGAGCUUGGUUAGAAUGGGUAUUCAACAGUUGCCUGAGUCGAUGGUGAAAUUGAAAAACCUCCACAGUAUGUGUUUGAGAAGAAAUCAUUUGAGAGGGUUGACACCAGUCAAAUUGCCCCUAGCAUCAUUACGAUUUUUGGAUGUGUGUCGUUGUGAUCUUACUUCUAUAUCGCCAUUAUUAAGUUCAAUGAAAGAAAAAGGAAAAGAGAAUACUCCUCUUAAUGUUUCUGCUGUCAACAAUUGGUAUUUGAAUGUUCGUGAUGUGAGGAGAAUGUUAAAAUUGUACAAGAAUUUCACCAUUACCGUCAGUACGUUUGAUGAAAAUUUGAUUGACACUUGUCGAUAUUCUUCUCGUUUAUCUUGUGAAGAAACCCAUUACAACGAAAACCCAGAGGAAACAGACUACAGUGACGAAAAUGGAAAUAGUGACGAGGAGCUUUACUAUGGAAGUCAGGAUCUGGAUGACGGUUUCGAUGAGGAUUACGAUUUUGAUGAUAAUUUCGGUUUUAACGGUUAUGGAGGUUUUGGAGGUCCUGGAGAUGAGAGUCCUGACAACGUUUUUCUUGAAAUGUUCAGAGCCAUGAUGAGGGACGGGGCGAUUGACUAG